AGAAACCCAAGUCUAGCUAGCCCCUCUCUCACCGAUCAUUUGACAGACCCUUAUUGUUCUUCGUACCUUGCUUCUCCUAAGUUCCUCACCUACCAUCAAUAUGGAUGAAAUAGCCCCCGAAUACGAUGUUGUUGUCCUUGGGACUGGCCUGACGGAGUGUGUUCUUUCUGGUGUCUUGAGUGUUAAGGGCAAGAAGGUCUUGCACAUCGACAGAAAUGAUCACUACGGAGGCGACGCAGCCUCGGUCAAUAUUGAAGCUCUCUUCAAGAAGUACGGCAACUAUAACCAAGGCGAGGAGCCAUGGAAGAAGUAUGGACGUGUCAACGACUGGAACAUCGAUCUCGUGCCGAAACUCCUCAUGUCCAGCGGGGAACUGACAAAUAUCCUCGUAUCCACCGAUGUUACUAGAUACCUCGAGUUUAGACAAAUAGCAGGAAGCUUUGUGCAGCAGGGCGCUGGCGCCAAGGCUACAGUUGCGAAGGUGCCCUCGGAUGCUGGCGAGGCCCUGCGGUCUUCGUUGAUGGGCAUCUUUGAGAAGAGGCGCAUGAAGACGUUCAUUGAGUGGGUUGGAACCUUCAGUGAAGAUGAUUCUACCAGUCAUAAAGGUCUCAACAUCAGGGAAUGCACAAUGAAAGACGUAUAUGACAAGUUUGGACUUGAGGCUACGACCCGAGACUUUAUUGGUCAUGCAAUGGCUUUGUACCAAACUGAUGCGUACCUCACUGAGAAGGGCAAAGCCCCAGAGACCAUCGAGCGUAUUCGUCUAUAUGGACACUCUGUCUCUCGAUAUGGGAAGUCACCAUACAUCUACCCUCUUUACGGUCUCGGAGAACUGCCACAAGGUUUCGCGCGACUGUCUGCUAUCUAUGGUGGGACUUACAUGCUCAAUACCAGCGUUGACGAAAUUGAAUACGAUGGUGCGAAGGCCGUCGGGAUCAAAGCGACGAUGCAUGAUAAGGGCGGUGACAGUGAACCAAUGAAAUUCUCUACGAAGGCAAAGAAGAUCAUCGGUGACCCAUCUUAUUUCCCUGGAAAGGUCCAGGUAGUUGGACACGUCUUGAAGGCUAUUUGCAUCUUGAACCAUCCGAUUGCUGGCACAGACAACAGCGACUCAGCACAGCUAAUCAUCCCUCAGUCUCAAGUUGGACGCAAGAACGAUAUCUACAUUGCACUUGUCUCCAGCGCUCACAACGUCUGCCCUAAGGGCUACUACAUUGCUAUUGUCUCCACAAUUGCCGAAACCACGUCGAACCACCACCUUGAGCUUGAGCCUGGCUUUGAACGUCUAGGGAAAAUUGAAGAGAAAUUCAUGGGCCCACCAAUUCCCCUCUACGAGCCCCUGGAAAGCGGACAGAAUGACAACAUCUUCAUUUCAAAAAGCUACGAUGCAACCAGUCAUUUCGAGACUACUACAGAUGAUAUCAAGGAUAUCUAUCGCCGGGCCGAGGGUCAUGACCUCGUCGUUGAGGGUUUGAGAGAGGGAACGAACUUGGUUGGUGAGGAUCAAAACUGAGAGAAGCGAAUAACUAGCUGGACGAGAAAGAUAGUGGUCAUGGUCUUGGCGGAAUGAAUAGCGAGUCCUCGGUCUUUAACAGUCCCUCUUUAAUAUCACCGACCUUUUGAGGAAGGAAGGCUGCGGUCUGUGUGGCUGGCUACUAGGUGAAAUAUGAGGUUUAGGAGCUACCGUUCUUCAAAUGGCUAUGCCAAUUAUGCUACUUGGUUUUUGUUCACUUCCAGAAUCUGGUCUUGACUAGACUUACACCAGACUGGAGUGAUCAUUGGAUUUCUUCAAUCGUCAAGACACAAGCAAAUCUCAAAGAAGUAUAGAAUUCUCUUAUCCUACCGUUUUCCAGUUCAGUCACAGUUUGGUUAUCCACUCACUCCCCCGAGAUCUAGAUCACUUGGUAAACGUCUGCUCUGCCCUCUAACCUCUUGUCUCCAUCUCUUUGUAGCUACACGUGUCUGUUUCCUAUCUACC